AUUAUCUCUCUCUCUCUCUCCCUCUCUGUAAUCCUCUCGGUCUCUCCACCCCUUCCCAUUCUACGGCGCGGCCUUCGCAGGAACUCCGCCCUACGCCCACAUAAAACAUCGCAUGGGAUCGAUGCACGCACCGCGCUGUGUCACCGGCUAAGGGGCAGAGAAAGCGGCGAAGGAGCUCCUCGCCAUCGGGUUCCGCAUGUGGGCAGCCUGGCACCCCGCAGGCUGGGCGGCUGGGGUGUCAUUGGACCAUCUUUCUCGGCCGACCCUCAUCGGAGGUCAGCGUAUGGGCACCGCUGCUCGUCCUGGAAGGCCCUCGUCGCCACGGCUGGGUUAUCCUCGGAAUUCUUGACGCUUCGCGUAUGUCUGAAUGCCCGAGCGGCGGCGCCUUCUGCCGCGCGCGGGUGCGAGCCUCGGCUUGCGCGCGGGGGCGGCUUCGGCGCCAUGCCGAAGAUCAAGACCACCGCCUCCAAGGAGGCCAUGCGCUGGCAGGACGACCUGCCGACUGGCGACAUUGCUCAGGAGCCGGGCCUCCAGGGCAACGACUUUGACGUCAGGAUGCAGGACGAGCCGGAUGGCAUGGUCGCCGCACGCAAGGUGGUAGACGUCUUGAAGGAGAAGGGCGUGUGCGUGGUGCAGGCCAACGCUCCCCAGGAGUUGGUAGUAUCGGCGUACGAGGAGGCCGAGGAGCUGUAUGGUGACGGGAGGUUCCGCGCGCCCCUGACGGUGUACGACGACCAUUCGAGAUUGCAGGUCCAGUGCUGGAGCCAGGCCCUCCAGGACGAGGAGCGGGUCUAUUGGGUCGGGCAGAGCGAGGGUGCGAGCAGCCAGCACAUCACCAACUCCUUGAGGGCUCUUGCGAAGAACAUCGCCGAUUUCGGCGGUGGAUUGUCCGAGAUGCUGCAGAAGGAUCUGGGCCUGAACUUCGACAGAUUUGGCAAUUGCAUGCUGUCCUGCUACACGGGCAAGCGCAAAUACGCCCUCCACAUGGACAAUUGCCACGGCGACGACGGCGACGAGGGCGCGUUCCCGGACAACGGCAUGCGCCUGACGCUGAUUUACUUUAUCAAUUUGUAUUGGGACCCGAACAACUGUGACAACGGCGGGGGUCUCGACGUAUUUCUGUCCGAUCCCAAGGAGCCACCGGAGUCCGCGGCGGCGGCCAAGGGCUGCAGGAGGCUGCGGAUAGCCCCGCACGCGGACACGCUGGUGCUCUUUCUGUCGGAAAGGAUGGCGCACCAGGUCAUCGCCACAUCAGGCGAUGAGAAGUGGUUUGCCAUGACCGUGUGGUGCUUGAACGGCCCUGCCAUGAUGCAGAUGAGCAGGCGGUUGCACGGCAUGAGGGCCGCGGGCAGAAAGAGAGGCGACGGCUCGGACUCGGAUGACGCCGACUGAGGGUUGGCGGGCGCUUCCCGACGGCCUCUUCAGUGUCCGCCUCAUUCCUUCCUAUGCUCUUCUUUCCUGGCCUCCCUCCUCCCCUCCUCUCCUCCUCCCCGCUCCGCCGAAUAAUGGCCGCCUGCGCGCCCCCCCCCCCCCGCGGCCGCGCGUGCGCACCGGGCGCCCGCAGCUCCCGGCGAGACGCUGCGCGCGGAACA